AGACGUUUCAUAAAGCUACGUCAUUUCCGGGAUGAUAGAGGGGCAAUGACAGCUUGAUCAACAACAAGACAUUUACACAGAACAGAUCAAUAAAGUGUCUACUCACACGUGGUGUCUGCGUGUCCCUCCUGUUCACCUAGCAGCCCCUCACUGGAGAGAAGUCUGAAGGAGGAGGGCUCAGUCUCUCUUCCCCUGCCCAGCCAGCCACUAUGGAACCUUCUCUGCAGAAACCCACAAUGASCUGUGAUAGUGGACUGGUGGAGAGGAACAUUGCUGGAGCCGACCCAGAGGGGAUGUGGGACAGUGGSGCCGUGGAUCCACCCGAGGAGGAGGGCCGCACCUUCAUGCAGGUUCUCAGCGAGAAGUACAGCCCGGAGAACUUUCCGUACCGCCGAUGGCCCGGCAUGGGCAUGGUGGUAGUGCCAACUCUCCCACAGGGCUCGCCCUUGAAAGAUCGUUUGAACCUUCCCAGUGUGCUCGUCCUGGCUGGCUGUGGAAUCAGCCAUGCGGGAGAGCAGAGAGAGAUCGCAGCCUUCUGUGCCCARGUGAUGGAGCUCGACCUGUCCCUCAACAAGCUCCAGGACUGGCAUGAGAUCAGUAAGAUUGUGUCAAACAUCCCCAACCUGGACUUCCUCAACCUGAGCUCCAACCCGCUAAGUGAGGUUGUCUUGGAGCCUAGCGGUGCUAAGGCCUUUGCCCGAGUCCGACGCCUGGUCCUCAACAACACUAAAGUUUCCUGGAACACAGUGCUCGUACUAACACGGGAGAUGCCUGAGCUGGAGGAGCUGUUCCUGUGCCUUAAUGAGUACACUACCGUGUCAGCCUCUACUGUGCCCUGCCCCACACUGCGCCUGCUGCACAUCACCGACAACAACCUGCAGGACUGGGCCGAGGUGCGCAAGAUUGGGCCCAUGUUCCCCGGCCUGGAAACUCUGGUCAUGGCCAACUGCAACCUGAGCUCCAUUCAGGACGCCGAAGACAUGCUGCGGCGCCUCUUCCCCAACCUACGCAGCAUCAAUCUGAACAACUCAGGUCUUAACCGAUGGGAGGACAUAGAGAAGCUGAACCAGUUUCCUAAACUGGAAGAUGUGAGGCUGCAGGGGAUUCCCUUACUGCAGACCUAUACCAACACAGAACGCCGGAGCCUCAUGGUAGCACACCUGCCCUCUGUAUCAUCGCUCAAUGGCAGUGUGGUGACGGACGGGGAGAGAGAGGACUCCGAGAGGUUCUUCAUCCGUUACCAUGUCGACUACCCAGAGGAGGAGCUACCUUACAGGUAUCACUGCCUGGUGACCAAAUACGGGAAGCUGGAACCCUUGGCUGAGAUCGACCUUCGACCCCGCUGCCACGCCAAGGUGGAGGUGCACUGCGAGGACAAAGUGGAGGAGGUGAGUAUCCGCCUGGACCAGACCGUGGCCGAGCUGAAGAAACAGCUGAGGACAGUGGUGCAGCUGUCGGCCAAUCAGAUGCGUCUUUACUACAUUGACAAGGAGUGUGUCUUUGGGCCGGAGGAGAUGAAGUACCACACCAGAGCCCUCCACUCCUACAGUAUCCAGGACGGGGACGAACUCCUGGUGGUGCCUAAGGCUGGCCGAGGGACUACCACCACUGCCAAACCACUAUCAAACCUUAACUCCAAAACCUUAACUCCCCCGCCAUAAAAAUAGAAUUACUAGAACGGUCCACCUAUCAUGGCACAUUGACUUGAAUGGGGAUGCAGUUCUAGUAAUUAUAUUUCUAUGCUCAUACCCUUCCCCAUCCUAAUCUUGUCUGAAGAACUCCCUGCACCCCUCCUUACGCCCAUCCUAUGUUUUACAUUCAGUGUGGGACACACUAUCAGGAAUAACAGCGACUCUGACUCUGAUUCUGACUGGCUUGUGUUUCACCUCAGCACCACACAUGCACACACACCAAUUAAUCAGAACGAAUGUGUCUUGUAUGCUUCCCUCUAAAGGUGUGCAUAUUAUGUGUGACUGAGUCCCCUCUUCGUCUUGGUGUAACGCCUCUGCCCUUGACUCCUAAAAAGUCUAUAUUUCYGGGGAGGAGCACAGGAGAUAUUGUGGAGUACAACCACAGUAUCUUUUAUCUUUAAGACAAUCUCUCAUUUGCAUACCCUGUGGUGUGCAGAGGAUGUUGAUGAAAGGAUAUGGUAUACUGCUGUGCCACAGACUCUGUUUUGAGUGUACUAGGUUGAUUGUACUGUACCUAACGGAAGUCUUCAUCGCGCUGUGUCAUUCCACUUCCUCACAAGACCGAGCCAUAGUUUUUGAUGGGUUAUUCUAAGUUAGGUUUAGUUCUUCUACGUUUAGUUCAGUAAGAUUAGUAUUUUUGGAGGAUACUUGAUAUUCAAACUCAAAUCGUGCUGAGUUUUCAAAUUGUCUUUCUUUGGCCAGAUGUAUAGGAUAUUGAUGCCUCUGACUGAAAUCAUUGAUGUACCAUAGAGUGCUGCAUGAGACUGUUCUUUCCUAAGUAUGUUUUUAUGUCGUUUGUGUUGAUCCUUCCACUGUCUGGGACCGUCCGUACAUGUUAAGCCUAAAUUACGUUUGAACACCUAUUGACACGUUUGCUUCUGUGCCAGAGCCAAAGUAUCUCAAGUCUAUUGCAGACAGAGGCUUUGUGUGUUCACCAAAGAUUUGUAUGAACUCUGUGUACUGUUCAUUGCAUUGUUGAUGCAUUUUCCUUGUGUGUAAAGAGGCUCAUGCUUGGUGUUAUUUUUGUUAUUGCGAGGGCAAAGGUCACUAUGUCAGUAGCGGUUGUCUGGGACAGUAGAACUAAGGCAUUGCUUGGUACCUCACAGCUAAGGGACACCGCCACUUAAAAUCCCAAUUUACAGGCUGUUUGUUUCCCUGUUGUAUCUUAAUUUACAUAAUUUGUUGUAUUAUGUCAUCGUCUGAUUUGGAAGACAGUAAAGUAUUGGAAGAUGCACUUAGUAGAGCUAGAUCUCUCUAAAGAUUGGAAAUUAGACAAUAGCAACAUAUUUCAUACCGCUUGUUGUAUUUAUUUAGUCAUUACAACAUUGUAAUAAGCAGUAAGGGUCCGUUAUUUUUGGUAGGCAUAAUAUUUCUAUGUCGCUUAGAUGGCUACUUGGUCUACUCUAGACAGCUUCUCUUGGUUAGUGAACCCAUAUUUGAAUMUAGUCAGUAUGCACUGGCAAUCAAUCAAUCAAAUUUAUUUAUAAAGCCCUUUUUACAUCAGCCGAUGUCACAAAGU